UUUUAAACUAUUCUAAAUUCAUAAAAAUGGGCAAAGAAUAUAUACUAGUCCUGACUGUAGUCUGAAUAACCUACUAUAUGGAUCCCACAGAGGAUCUUUCCUACUUCAAACCUGCAAUAGGGGCUGCAGUUCUGUUCUCCUGCUUAGGAUUUUACUGGAACCAUAAAAUCAAGAGAGCUGCAAAAGUUAUUUUCAAACAAACAGAGAGCUUGGUAAAAUUGAUUAAGGAUAAAGAUAUUGAUGUAUUUAAGGAAAGAUGACUUUCAUUAACACCUGAGUUUAUUCAGAAAAUGAAAAUGUACUCUAAUUACACUCUCUUAAUCGCCUGUGCUUGUUUUCAAGGAUAUGAAGAAGCAAAAUUCCUUCUACAAGAGAUGAAAGUUGAUAUCAACGAGCAAGCUAAGAACGGUGAAACCGCUCUUAUUAGAGCGGUUCAUUUCAACGAUUAUGAGAUGGUGGAGCUACUCUUGAAAGCAGGUGCUAAUACAGAGUUACGCACAAAACAAUCAAUCAGUGCAUUCAUAACCGCUAUAACAAGAGAGAAGCCUCUUCUGGUAGAUUUACUUUUGAAAUAUGGAACUGAAAUUGACAUGAAAAUACAAAAAUCUACUAUCCAAACAGUCUUGGACAACUGCUCAGAAAAGAUCAAAUCCAUAAUAGAAUUCCACAAAGGCAAGCCUCCCCUAACCUCUCUAGCCUGGAGACGCAAGAAGAACAUCCUAGUCAUCCUUAACAAAACAGAGACCGACAAAGCUAAAAAUCUCCAAGGCGACCUAUUGAAGGUCCUUAACAGGAAGAAUGACCUGUUCAAGUCCAUUGUGAGGGAUUAUAUGUAGAAUUUUGGACUGGGAGAGAGCAAAUUUGAGGAAUUUUAGGGAGUUUUGAAGGGAAAAAUAUGUAAGAAUGGUGCAAUG